AGAAACAGGAACUCUCUCUCUCUCUCUCCUCCUGUCGUCAGCCACCACCGGCCACCGGGAUACAUUAGACGAACGAUCUAGGGUUUCACAGUCGUCAUGUACCGCACUGCAGCUACACGAUCCAAGGCCCUUAAGGGCAUUUAUAAUCGCAAUUACCGGGCAUCUCGCUAUGCAAGCUCGAGUGCUGUUGCAACGAGUUCUUCUUCGAAACCUGGUUUGGCCAGCUGGCUAACUGGAGGCUCCUCUAGCUCGCUUCCUUCGCUGAACAUUCCCUUGGCUGAUGUCUCUCUUCCACCAUCACUCGCUGACAAUGUCGAGCCUAGCAAACUCAAGACCACUACUCUUCCAAAUGGUCUUACAAUAGCCUCUGAGAUGUCUCCGAAUCCAGCAGCUUCCGUUGGUUUAUACGUUGAUUGUGGCUCUAUUUACGAGACACCAAAUUUCCGUGGAGCGACGCACUUGCUUGAGAGGAUGGCUUUCAAGAGUACAUUGAACAGAAGCCAUCUUCGUCUUGUAAGGGAAAUAGAAGCUAUCGCAGCCAUUACUUCAGCCUCUGCUUCCCGAGAGCAGAUGGGUUACACAAUCGAUGCUCUCAAAACCUAUGUUCCCGAAAUGGUUGAAGUGCUUGUUGACAGUGUGAGGAACCCUGCUUUCUUGGAUUGGGAAGUGAACGAAGAGCUCCGGAAAGUGAAAGUGGAGAUAGGAGAACUUGCAAAGAAUCCUAUGGGGUUUCUCUUGGAGACUGUUCAUUCUGCUGGUUACUCUGGCGCAUUGGCAAAUCCAUUGUAUGCACCUGAAUCUGCUAUUAAUGGAUUGACUGGGGACGUCUUGGAAGAGUUCGUUGCUGAGAACUACACAGCUCCACGAAUGGUGUUAGCAGCUAGUGGAGUUGAACAUGAAGAACUUUUAAAAGUUGCUGAGCCAUUACUUUCUGACCUUCCUAAUGUAACCAGACCAGCGGAGCCAAAGUCUCAAUAUGUUGGUGGAGAUUUCCGUCAACAUACUGGUGGAGAGGCUACACAUUUUGCGCUUGCUUUUGGAGUGCCAGGAUGGGAUAACGAGAAGGAAGCUGUUAUUGCCACUGUUCUUCAGAUGCUUAUGGGAGGAGGUGGCUCAUUCUCUGCGGGAGGUCCUGGAAAGGGAAUGCACUCUUGGCUCUAUCUCCGUAUUUUGAACGAAUAUCAGCAGUUUCAAUCAUGCACCGCAUUCACUAGCAUCUUUAACAAUAGCGGAUUGUUUGGAAUCUAUGGUUGCACGAGUCCUGAGUUUGCAGCAAGAGGAAUUGAAUUAGUAGCUGAUGAAAUGAAAGCUGUUGCUGAAGGAAAAGUUAACCAGAAACAUCUUGAUCGCGCCAAGGCAGCAACCAAGUCUGCAAUUCUGAUGAAUCUGGAAUCUCGAAUGAUUGUGGCAGAAGAUAUAGGUAGACAGAUACUUACAUACGGAGAGAGGAAGCCAGUUGACCAAUUCUUGAAGACGGUAGACCAACUCACCUUAAAGGACAUUGCAGAUUUCACCAGCAAGGUUAUUGCAAAGCCUUUGACUAUGGCGUCUUUCGGACAAGUGUUGAGUGUUCCAAGCUAUGACGCCGUAAGCAGCAGAUUCUCUUGAAGCUGCUCAAAACAGAUCAUCUUGUUUUUGCAUCAGAAGAAAAGAGUUGGGACCUGUAAAAUAAAGAAGGCCUUUCCAGUUUUUGGGAGAUCCAACAAAUUUUUUUUUUUUUCCUCUCACGGUUUCUGAAUUCUGACCGAAGAUAAGACCCAUAAAAUGGCGACAAGUUACGUCCAUGUCUCCAACAUUUUUGCGUAUUUCUUCGGUUCGUGAAUAAUGAUUAAUACGUUUACCAGCUUUUUACUCUUUCGUUUCAGCUUCAGUUUUAUUUUCUUUCUUGAUGGAGAAUGUUGGGAAACUUAGACAUAGACAUGAAGAUAAUCUGAGUAGAACAUUUAUUUUUGUU